AUGAUGUCCCUCCGCUCCCUCCUCGGUGCCUCGACCGGCACCCUCCGCCAAUUCCUCCCGCAAUCGCUCUCUCGCCCGACAGUCUUCUCCCGCUCGUUCUCUCGGUUGUCGCUUGCAAAUGGGCUAAGGAACUUGCGUCUGCGGUCUGAGCAGAAGCAGACACAGAUUGCUGGUGUUGGGGCUGUUGGGGCUGUUGGGGCUAGGAAGAUUGAGCAGGUGAGAGGGAUGAAGACGCGGUCGUCGGUUAAGAGGCUGUGUGAUGGGUGCAAGCCUGUCCGGAGAAAGAACAGGGUUUAUAUCAUUUGCUCCAAGAACCCCAAGCACAAGCAACGACAAGGGAAAUAA